CUUUAGCUGGCAUUUUCUUGGCAACUGCUGUAGAUCGACUCUCAAAAUAAUAUUAUGCCCACAUACAUUUUACUUAUCUCAAAGUCCUGCCGGUCUUGGUUUUUCAUUCAUAUAACUAUAUCAGUUUUCUUCUUUAUCUCAAACUGUUUAAAUUCCAAGGCUUGAGGUCAAUCUGGGUUUUGCGGUUGAAGAACAAUGAGUGAUACUAAAGAUAAAAGUAACAGAAGCAUUGGACAGAGAGGAUCAUCGUCCCGUUUGUCAGCUUCGGCUAAGCCCUUCAACUGGAGUACCCAUGUCAAGGAAUAUGAUUUUGGUCAACAAUCGUUUAGCUCUUUUUCACUUUUCGAUUAUGGUGGGUGCUAUGAUCAGUCACUUCAUUCCGAUUCUAAUGCUAUGCCUUCGUCUUUCCCUAAGGCUACACAAGACGCUAUUUUUGGGGACCAUUUCUCUUUGUUGUCUUGCAAUGAAUUUCCCAGACAAGGAGCUGAGGAUUCUCUUGGUGAUUCUGCUUUCAUGAAGGAGCCACAAAGUCUUCUGAAUGCCAAUGAUAAGAUUAUUUCACAUGGAAAAGAUACUAUAGGUAAAGGGACAGAAAAAAAGAGUAGUGAACUUGCCAAUAAUGGGACUAUAAAUUCCAUGUUCGUGGCAACAAGUGAGCUACUAAUCACUUCUCUUGACACUCCUGCUUUUUCCUUGAAACCCAAUGGAAAUGAAUCAGGUGUCCCCGUCCAAAGUUCUUCUGUAGUGUUAGCUCAGAAUGAUUCUGAUGUGGAUUCACCCUGUUGGAAAGGAACUGCAGCUUAUGAAUCUCCUUUUGGAGGGACUAAGCCCAUGGAUUCACAACUUCCUAAAAGUGAAAUAGAAGCACUUAAAACCUUGAAUCCUCAUGCACCUGAUUUUAUUCCUGAAAGUGCUAAACAAUUUGCAGAAUUUCAUGAAAGUGAAUGCCAUGGAAAUGCUCCUUUUUCUUUCCUGAUGGAUCCAUCUCCAGUUGCUACUUUCUCAUCCAAUGAACAAAAAUUUGUUGAUUCUGUAAAAGCUGGAACUUUUUCUUCAAAAGGGAGCAAUGUAAUAGGAACUCGAUGUUUUGAUAACUUUUAUGAUGGAGGAAAGAAAUAUUCACUUGCCAAAAAGUCAGAAAGUUGUUCUGAGCCCAAUUCUUUACUUGGUGAUCAACCAUUUUUGGUUGAAGAUUGCCUUACUUCCAGUGGUCAGGGUCUGACAAGGACAAAUAUUACUGGCUCUAUGAAGGAUACUGAGGACACAGUACGGAAUGGUUCAUCUUGUGUGACUUCAGCUGUGACAGGGAAUUUCCGGACUUCAUCUUGUUCUAGAGAUGCUGUUCCCUCACUUGUUGAUGAGAAACUUCAAGGUGCAUCUAAGUCUACAUCACCAAAAUUAGAUGUUCAAUCAGUGAUUAGUACAAUGCAUGAGCUGUCAAAGUUGCUUUUGUGGAAUUAUUCAAAUGAUUUAGGUUCAGUAAAUGAGCAUGAGCAUGAUAUGAUCCUGCAUAUAAUCAAUAAUCUUUAUAAGUGUAUGCCAAAGAAACUCGGACAAAGGGUUUCAAUACCUGAAUCAGGUCAUCACUGCACUUUAGACUGCCCUAUGAAGUUACCUGAUCGCAAAAAGGAAUCCAAGUUAACAGAGUUGAAGAAUAAGAUUAUUCCACAUGAUUUGGAAAGGCAAAAGGGUUGCUCCACUACAUUUGAAAAGAAAGUUUCCAGUCCUUCAAAAUGACGAAGCUGUUAAGAAUGGUACACUGAGGUAUUUUCUGUUAUCUUCUUAAUUUGACCUUAUUAGCUAAAAAAAGGUAACCAAUUUUUACAUUUGAGAUGCAAGAUGCAGAUAAUCAGCAAAGAAAAUCAUCGGAAUGGGGAAGGAAUGUCCUCUCAACCAUCAUUGUAUGGGAAUUCAUGGGUUGAGUCUGAAGCUGUAUUAUGUUUAUAAAAUAUAAUUAAUAUUUAUUUGAUCUUGCAAACUGAGCUGAUAUAGUGCAAAACACUCAAAUUUUAGAUUGACUUUCAUAUCUUAUUUUAAUCUUUUUGGACUAACUUAUAGUCUGGUUUGCUGGGUAUACAGUCAUUUUCUUUUAUCGAGUGUGGAAUUGUUAAGGAUAAUAUUACAUUCACUAAGUAUCAAUGAUGAUGUGUUACCAUGUAAUUAAUUCAUUUUAAAUUAUAGAUAAAAUAACUCCUGUGAUGACACAUCAUCAUUAGUACCUUGUUCAAUUGUUAAUUUCGGAUGUUAAGUCUAUUGUGCAAGUAGCAUUUGCACAGUUGUAAACCCAAGGCCACACAUUACUUGUUUUCACUGGUUUGGCCAAAGUUUUUUGAGGCUAUUAUUAAUGGUUUGAUCCGUGUCUUUAAACAGUCAGGUUUAACGACUACGCUCACAGUGGAUUGUAGAUAAGCCAUAAGCUGAAAGGUUCCUAUCCUUCAAACCAUAGCCAGCUUGUUGAGAUUUGCAGAUUGAAGCUGGAUAAACAUGAAGAAAUCAUUGAAUUAGAGGAUGUAUAUGUUUAAAAGUUAUCUGUUGCCUCUGCAUGAAAAUUUGUACUUAGAUGUCACAUUAUUGAUGGAGAUGUGGAAACUUUUGAUCUGGUGAAUUGUCAUCUUAAGGCAAUGGAUAUGAGACCUGCUUUAAGCUACAAAGGGUGUGUAAUAUUGAAAUAGAAGCAAUACUGAACUUCCUUAGCGAAAAUUUGAAUCUUGGAUUUUAAAGAA